UUUUCUGGAUUUCAUCAUGCAUAAUCAUUUUUUCCCGAGCUGACGUCAGGUCAGUGGCUACUGGCUACGAUGCUCAUCUGCCUUGGAUAGAUAAUACUGGUACAUGGAAUUUGAAGGCGCCCCGCUCUCAACCCUUCGGGAUUGUCACUUCUACUUUGCGUUCAUCCAGGCUGUUUCUAGAGAAAGAUCGAGAUCAUCAAUCGUAAAGACCCAUUUCCCUCGUACUUCGACCUCUCCAUCCAUCCAUCCAUCCCUCCAUCUAUCCAAUCUCCAAUCGGACGUGUACACAUCAACGAUCGAGUGAGAGUACACGUUGAACGUCGCUCCAUACUCGGCAGGUUAAACCGCCAGAGAGAGAGAGAGAGAGGGGCCUCCUCUACUGGCCUGUAUGCAUGCAUGCACGCACCUAUGUAUGCUAUAUAUCCUCCGAGACGUCUGUCCUCGUUUGGCAUGAAUCUGACGGAAGUCUCGAUAAGCUAUUGGGCCCUACUUCAACUCUAUACCCACAUCAGUACAUGAACAAUCUCAAUCCAACCUACGUCGUCCACCAGUUUCAAAGAGUGUGAGACUCGUAAUACACGCACUCACAGACCACCGCACGGAUUGCUCGAUGGUGAUGCAAACUGUAAAGGUGCUUGGAAGCAUAUGUGAAUGAGUGAGUGUGUGUGACAAACGGCCCUUUCCGCCAGGCCUCCCUCCCUCCUUCCUUUCCGAGUCCCUUCUGGGAUCCUCUGAUCGAUACUCUCACUCAACUACUAGUCAGUCCUCAGUAGUCAAAGUCUCCUACUGGCCGUUCUGUUCAGUACGUACGUACGCACUGUACUCACAGUACCAGCUCCUUGAUCCCGUGAGAAGGACCUUUAGUCCGAAUCGGAAGUCUUGUUUGAAGGCCCAGCUCCAACACGGGCAAUCCUUGUAUCGCUCUCGUAGCAUCGGUCAAGGCCACACAUUCUCCGAGAGGCCGUGAAGUGAACCUAAGCUUUUUCACUGAAACACAUUCGGACCCAUCGAAGUCUGAACAUUUCGGUUUAUGGUAGUAGAACAAAGGUCAGCCAGUCAGCCAGUCAUCAUCGUGAUCGUCAUCGUUUCCAUGCUGAUUGGCCCAACGAAAGGCGACCACAUGGGGUGUCUCAACGUCUGCUGGGAUUGUUGAAGCUUCGUUGUUGAGCCCUGAACCCACGAGGACGUUCGAGGCUGUCAUUUUGGGACGAAUUUGACGCUGGAGGAUGGCUACUUCGACUUGAUUGAUGAUGGAGAUCUCGUGUACAAAGUGUGAUAUGAAGUGAGCCGAACCUACACGCUGGUGCUCAAGGUGGUGAAGACAGACGGGUCGAGUUCAUUCGUUCAAUUAUCCAGUACCUCUCAACCCUCCCCAUUCCUUACCGUCAGUUACAGUUCCUCACGACUCCUACACACAUCCUCCCCAUGUUCUCCAUGUUCGGAGCAUCGUGGUGACUCAUUGGCGUGAUAUCUUUUUUCUUCACCCACUUUUUCGAUCGGUUCGAAGGGAGAGGACAAGUGCCCAAGUGCCCAGGUGCCUACCUCCUCCCCCUACAAGAACGUUGUACAAGAUCGCAGAGGAACGUGUGCUUGAGGGUGAUCCUUGUUCCCAGUCGAUAUAAUUAGGCGUUGGCCAUUUGCCAAGAUGGGCAUGAUGUCACCAAAGAGGAUACCCCCGGGUGCUCCCUCAUCUUCACUCUUGUCGGUGUUUCUCAUCGUGCUCAUUUGCGUCCUACCCUGGACCGCAGCCUCGUCCCCCGAGGAUUUGCGAACGCUCCACGAACUUGAGUACCGUCGCCUGUACGAGACCACGUUGGAAAAAGAGGCUUUGGAGGCCAUCCGCAGCCUCCACCAGCAACUAGACGACGACAACGAUGGGACGAUCGAACCCUCCGAAACGGGAGACUUCAUUCGUGGCGACUUGCAGUACGGGAGUGACAAAAGGCGUCAGACCAGUUUCCAUCACAAGGAUUCCGAGAUCACAGUGAAAGAUUUGUGGCUCACUUGGCGCAACUCCGAGGUGUACAACUGGACCGUGGACAAUGUAGUUGAUUGGCUGGAGAAGAAUGUGGAUCUGCCUCAAUACGCGGAGCGGUUUCGCGAUGUAGGCAUGAAUGGAACUCACUUGCCCAAAGCGGCAGUGGGGUCCUCUUAUUUGAACAAAGUCUUGGGCAUCUCCAAUCCCAUUCACCGAUCCAAGAUCAGUCUCAAGGCCAUGGAUGUGGUACUAUUUGGCCCGCCGAGGGACACGAGCAAUGUCAUGAAGGACGUGAUCCUUACCUCCUUGCUUGUCAUGGCGGUCACGGGCCUCUUUUAUGCCUAUCGACAAAACAAGAAAUCCCAACAGCAUCUCCAACGAAUGAUGACCGACAUGGAUAGCUUAGCCGUAGCUGAGCAAACCUUACAGGAACUCCAAGAGAAACUGCAUCAAAAGGAUUCAAAGAUUGAAUCGUUGAGCUCAACGCCCACCGAUCAUUCGGAUUCUCUCGUUAUGAAUCAAAUGCGCGAGGAGCUCGAAAUCUUGCGAAACGAAUUGCACCGAGCGGAGCUCGAAUUGGAAGACAAGUGCUGGGUGGCACCGCCCGUGCUUCAGCAUUGGCUUCAGUUGACCUAUGAAAUGGAAUCCCAGACGUACAACGCCAAGAAAAAGGCGGCUGAGGAGCAACUAGAAGUGGCCAAAGACAUGUGCGAAAAACUGAAGCGAAAGCGGUCCAGUCUUGUGGGCGCAUUUGUGUCCACACACGGGCGGUCCAUUGAUGAUGUCGAUCGUUACAUCAUGGACGCCAAGACCGCUCUUAUGGAGGUCACCAAAGACCUCACGGAGCGAAGUCAGAGGUGGCGGCAGAUCGAAAUCCUGUGCGGCUGCCCGAUUGUGACCAACCCAGGGCUCCUGGCCAUUCAGGGACUCAUCCGACACGUGGGUGGUGGUCGAGGGUUGAUAGGUCGAGGCAUCCUCUCCUCUCGAAUGUCUGGUAGUGCCUCCCAAGAUGAUCUGAUGAUGGAUGACAACAUGGACGCUAUGUCGGUGGCGGCCUCAAGUGCACACAUGUCCAGAUCAGGAGCGGCCUCGUUGAGGUCGGCUGCCAUUCACACCAGUGCCGUUGUGAAGAGCAAGAAGCGACAGGAGGUCAAGACCUUGUCACGCGAGUCGAGUAAGGAAUCGAGCUCGUCAGAUGAGUAUGACCACAAUCACCACGGUCAUCUUGCCUUCUCAUCGAGUUCCGGCGCACUGCGUCCAAUCCCGUCUUCCUCAUCCUUUCAGCAUGACCAUAAACUCCGAUCUGCCACUCCACCCGCCCCUUCUCUUCGAACCGGCUCAUCACCCCUGACGGAAAAGCGUAGCAAAAUGAUGGUCAAAUCGUUAAGUCAAGAUGCUGGAGGCUCGAUACAAAAUGCCGCAGCCUCUUCAGUGACCGCCAUGGUUGUGUCUAGUGUGUCUGAUGGACAACUCCAUGAUUCAAUGAAAUCCAAUGGGAGUCUCGCUCCCCAGUUCAAUGUUGGCCCACCAAGUAAUCCACCUUCGAUUGUCGAGGAGUUGGAAGAAUCUUGCUCCGCCUCGGACACGGGCUCAAUGAGUGAGUUGAGCAUGAAGCCUUCCAAGAAGAAGACAUUCUUCGGUCUCAAGAUUAAGAGGAAGAACGAGAAGAAGGCUCUCACUUGACAAUCAGAUCCCACAUUAUCCCCCGCUUUCCAAUCGAAUUGUUCCCCUCAAACAACGAGAAGAAGGAACGUAAUUACCAACAUUUUUUCUAGACUCAACUCAAGUCCUCCGAGCGGUUCAACCCGUUUAAGACAAUAGACAAUCUCUGGUUCUGAAGGAUUUCCAAUUGACCACAAAAUCUUUCAAAUUAUUGCUCUCGUAUAAAAUCCGAUUGAUUUUUGGACUUGAUUCCGUUGUGGUUUUCGCGGACAUACAUUUGUGUUUGUUUCUUUCAAUCAUAAACCACUUGCAUUAGAGAAAACCAUUCUAGAGCAUUCUAGUUACCAUAAUGUGAUUAUGAUUGGUGAAUGACAUUUUGAGGUUAGACUUAAAUAUGUGCAUUUAUCAGUCAAAUAUGCGGCCUACCAUAUAAAAAAACAGUGAACGGCGGAUUGUAUGCAAUUGUCUUAUUAGAAAAAAAAUCCCCCCCUUCUCCAAUCAUUAUCAAGUGGCCAACUACAACUACACCAACCAUCAACCAUCCCUAACCACUAGACUUUGGCUGGAUGACAUUAAGCUGAACACAAAUGAACGAUAAUCUUCGCUCAAACAAUAUUCCACAAUGAUAUGGAAAGUUCCACAACGAUCGCCCCAAAUCAGAUUUGUCAGCCCAGAUAUUCCUUUGAUUGAUACAUAACUUGCCCCCUUCUUUCUUCUAUCCUCUCGACCCGCCAUGCUUACACUGUCUGUUUAUGUACCACCCAAUAUUUAUUCCCUUGAUCUUGUUCAAUUUUUUAUACGAUUAAAUCCAGCAUAGCAGCGAACGAGUCAUGUCAUUCAAAAUACGUUAAUAAAACACUUCAACUCCA